AUGACUGUGAUUUUACGCGUUCUGGUAGUUCUUCUUACGUACGAUGAUCCAGAGUGUGGAGGAGCCGCAGAUGCUUUAGUGGAACAUCUGCAGCGUGACAGUGCGGCGUUGCUGGACCGGUGUCAACUCUCAGUAAAACCAAUAGCUAUUCUACAUAACGCAUCGCACCGGGAUGCGUUGUACCGUACUCUACAGGAUCUUUUUCAGGUGAAACCGCAGGACAUUUAUGUCAUUUCAUUCUUAAAGGAUAAUAACCCAGAGGAGUAUCGUAAAAUCCGUGAGUUGUGUAACGGUGUAAAACCAUCUCGUUUAAAACAUCAAGUAUUGACACAUCUCGCAAAUUACAGUGAUGUUGGUUUGAUCAUUCGUAACCUCGUUAGACUAGUGCUUGAUGAGAUGGUAAAGGAGAUUUGA